AAGAAAACCAACGGUGCUGAUAAACCUCCUUCCUCUCAUCCCACUCGUCUCCUCUCUCCUCUCUUCUCCAGCGUCCGAUUAAGCCCCCCUCUCCCUCCCUCUCGCGCCUAAUCUUAAUCCCCCACAGGUCUCCCAUGGCGGAAGGUCCGACGAGUCCCGGCGGCGGCGGGAGCCACGACAGCGGCGACCACAGUCCCCGGUCGAGCGUCCGCGAGCAGGAUCGGUACCUUCCGAUCGCGAAUAUCAGCCGGAUUAUGAAGAAGGCGUUGCCGGCGAACGGAAAGAUCGCCAAGGAUGCUAAGGAGACUGUGCAGGAGUGCGUCUCCGAGUUCAUUAGCUUCAUUACCAGCGAGGCGAGCGAUAAGUGUCAGAGGGAAAAGAGGAAGACGAUUAAUGGUGACGACUUGCUUUGGGCUAUGGCGACUCUAGGGUUUGAAGAUUAUAUUGAUCCUCUCAAAGUUUACCUUGCCAAAUACAGAGAGGGUGACACCAAGGGUUCAGGCAAAGGUGGAGAGUCAUCUUCUAAAAAAGAAGUUCAGAUUCCUCACCAAGGUUCUUUCUCUCAAGGAGCUGGUUACUCCAAUUCUCAAACUCAACAAAUGAUUGUUCCUAUGCAAGGCUCAGAGUAGAUCUGACUCGUGUUUAGCCAACACCAUAAUUUAAUUGCUCAUCUGAGGAGAUCUUGUUAGUGCCCAGGAAAAUAACAUAUUAAAUUAUUAUUCUUAUGUGAAUGCUAUAAAUAUGAGGUUAGUUUUUCAGCGUCUGCUGGUGUGGUUUGUAAACUAGGAAUUUAUUCGAGUCGAAUGCCUAUCUCAAGGUGAUAGCAUAGUCUCAGGAAGAGCUAUUAUAUUCCUUUGAUUUGUAAACUGGUAUCACGGGAUUGGCAUGUAUUAUUAUGAGUGAUUAGGAGAUGUCAUGUAUGUUUCACUUUUUACAUUUGUAUGAUUUUAUUUGUUGUAGACAGUUUUCAUAAAAAUUGAAUGCCUAUGGCCAGCCU